AUGGCUGAACUGGCAUGUGGAGUUUGUGGGGGACCUCCUAAGGUGAAGAAGGCGGAGGAGGAAGUGGCACAUGCAGAAAAUUGUUUCGAUGAGGAUCCUUUAGAGCUGCACCAGAUUCGAUUAAAUGAGAGACGGGCAUUGCUAACCCAUGCGCAGGUGCAAGAAGAUAUGUUUUGGAGCCAAAAAGCCAGGGCGGCAUGGUUGAACGAUGGGGAUAAGAAUACCAGAUUCUUUCAUGCGUGUGUGUCUGAACGGAGAAGGAAGUCUGUGAUCCAUCGGAUAAGAUCGCAAUGCGGGGAGUGGCUGGAAAGGGAGGACGACAUCUCUAAGGGGACAGUAUCCUUUUUUCAACAACUGUUCUCGGAUCAAUCAGGGUUGAGCUCCAUUCCAGUGUCGGAUGUGAUUCCAAAACUGCUAUCUGAUCGGGAUAACCUUGAGUUGGAACGGCAUCCCUCUCUGGAGGAGAUUAAGGACGUGGUGUUUUCAUUGGAUCCCGACAGUGCUGCUGGUCCUGAUGGAUUUUCGAGGAGGUUUUUUACCUUUACAUGGGAGGUUGUUGGGAAAGAUGUUUUUGACGCGCUAGGUAGCUUCUUUUCUGGAUCGGAGCUGCCAAGGAGCAUAACGGCUACUUCUAUUGUCCUCAUUCCCAAGGGUCGACAACUUUCUGAUAACUUUUUGUUGACCGAAGAGCUAGUUUCCGGCAUUCGGAGGCCAAAUAGAGGAGGUAAUUUAGUCCUUAAGCUAGAUAUGGAAAAGGCCUAUGAUAGGGUAUCCUGGAAUUUUCUGAUGCAAGUGAUACGUAAAUUUGGUUUCAGAGAGAGGUGGAUUGAUAUGAUGUGGCGACUAGUGGCUAAUGUGUGGUUUUCAGUGAUUAUUAAUGGGACACCGAAGGGGUUCUUCACAUCCUCCAGGGGGCUGCGCCAAGGGGACCCCAUAUCACUAGCUCUGUUUAUUUUAGGGGCGGAGAUUUUAUCUCAGUCACUGAAUACUUUGUUGGAAGAUAGGCGGUUUGUGCUGUUCAAGGUUUCCAGAGGCUGCCCUAACAUUUCUCAUCUCGCUUACGCAGACGAUGUAAUGAUUUUCAAUAGCGAGUUGAAGAGUUCUUUAACGAUGGUCAUGAACUCUAUGGAAGCAUACUGUAAAGUGUCGGGACAACAGGUGAACCUCUAG